AAAGAGGAGACUCAGACUCGCGGUUCCUUUGCGGCAUUAGAGUUCCUAUUGCUCUGGUCGCAGCUCUAGUGCUUCACUGAACCUUGUUUUCCCUGAACUGCAGUUCUGAGGCCCCUGCCAAAGACCCAAAUAAGUGAUGCUGGAGCCUUCCCUGCUGCUGCUGGCAGCCCUCUUGCUGGGCCUGGCGCUGCUCGUGCCCCUGCUCUUCCCGAGGCUUUGGAACUUGCUCCGCAUCAGCUGGGACGAGAAGGUCCUGCAGCCCAUCUCCAACCUGCUCAUGGGCAACAGCAAGGAGCAGCGGAUCCUGCGUCAUGUGCUGCAGCACGCGGUGGCCGGGGACCCACAGAGCGUGAUCGAGGCCAUCGACUUCUACUGCUCCCAGAAGGAAUGGUCCAUGAACGUGGGCGACAAGAAAGGUGAGAUCGUGGAUGAGGUGGUACGGGAGCAGCAUCCCUCUGUGUUGCUGGAGCUGGGGGCCUACUGCGGCUACUCAGCCGUGCGGAUGGCCCGCCUGCUGUACCCCGGCGCCCGCCUGCUCACCAUCGAAUUCAACCCUGACUAUGCUGCCAUCACCCAGCAGAUGGUGGAAUUCGCCGGUGUACAGGACAGGGUCACUGUGAUUCUGGGGGCGUCCCAGGACAUCAUCCCGCAGCUGAAGAAGAAGCAUGAUGUGGACACGCUGGACAUGGUUUUCAUUGACCACUGGAAGGAUCGGUACCUGCCAGACCUGCUGCUCCUGGAGGAGUGUGGUUUGUUACGGAAGGGGACGGUGUUGCUGGCAGACAACGUCAUCUACCCAGGAUCCCCGGACUUCCUGGCCUACGUGCGUGGGAACAGCCGCUUUGAGUGCACUCACUUUACCUCGUUCCUGGAGUACUCGCAGGUGGUGGAUGGCCUGGAGAAGGUCGUCUACAAGGGCCCAGACAGCCCAGGGCGGUCCUGACCACCCACUCCUAAGGGCUGUCCCCACCCUCUGGCCUGAAGGGUGGGUGCACUCUGGCUCCUGCGGAUCCUGCAGGCGGCACCCUAACAGUACACUUGAGGCCCAUGGUCACCGACUACCCGAGCUCAGCCCUCUGCACACACUGCCCGGCCCAAACGCACCCACUCCCAUGCAGCAUCAGCGCACAGGACCUGCGGUAAGCACUGCAUCAGGCAGGCAGUCCCACCCAUGGGUCUCACAGAGGUUGGGGCUCAGGUUCCUACAAACACAGCAGAUGCGGGGCUCGGGGCUGGGAACUGGGCUGUACAGUUCGUCCUGAGCGUGGGACCAGCUCAUUACACACUGCUGACUUCUCUCACCUUUUUAAAUAACGGAAUGCAGUUUCUUUACUAAUAUCCUGUAUGCAAAAUAAUAAAAAUGGAAGUUAAAGACAAACA